AUGAGACCGGCAGCUACUAGUACUUUCAGCAGAGAUUCGGUACGUCUUCCAUUAGUGGACUUGCCGACCUUCAGCGGAGCUGCACUGGGUCUUAUCGAUUUGCUACCGACUACCGAGACCAACUACAGUAUUGCGUACGAUCUUUUGGUUGACCGAUAUAAUAAUCCAAAGUUGCUCAUCCAACAGCACACUCGCGAGCUUUUUGAGCUGAAGGCGGUGGCCUUUGAAGCAGCAGUGUGCUUGAAGAUUUUGGAGCAACCUGUGGAUGCGUGGGACGCCAUAUUAGUACAUCUAAUGGCGAAUAAGUUGGACUCAGCUACCAGGAGGGAAUGGGAAUCAGCAGCUUCCGGAGCGAAACCACCCACUUACGAACAGUUGGAAAAAUUUAAUACUGCGCUAGGGUGGAUAGUUGGAGGUAAAGUAGCACGCGUAAACACUGGCAAUGACGUGAACUGGUUUCUGAAUGAGAGAACAGUUAACCUUUCAAUUAGAGAAUUGACAGAGGAAGAAAUUCUUUGCGAGGAACUGUUUGUUAAUACAACCAGACGAAGUGAGGAUGGCAGAUUCGUGUUGAGACUACCGACAAAGACAAAUAUCGAACAGCUCGGAGAAUCCAGGAGCUUAGCUUUAGAUAGGCUGCUCAAGCUAGAAAAACGAUUCGAGAAAAACAUUAAAUUAAGAACUGAUUAUACACUCUUCAUGAAGGACUAUCUAACAUCCGGGCACAUGGAAAAAAUUGAAGAAGACGACAUAGACAAUGAUAAACCUAUGUUUUACUUGCCUCAUCACGCUGUACUUAAACCUGAGAGCAAGACUACUAAAUUGAGAACUGUUUUUAACGCAUCUGCCAGUACAUCAACCGGACUAUCGUUGAACGACGUUUUGCUGAGCGGACCAACAAUCCAACAAGAACUUUUCAGCAUUCUUCUAAGGUUCCGAAGUCAUCGUUACGCACUGACAGGAGAUGUAAAACAAAUGUUUAGGCAAAUGUUGAUUCACGUAGAUGAUCGGCAAUUGCUGCUAAUAUUGUGGCGAUUCUCACAAGAAGAAGCAGUCAACACCUAUCGCUUAAAUACUGUCACAUAUGGAACUUGCUCGGCACCAUUUGCAGCGACUCGGUGCUUACAACAAUUGGCGAUCGAGAACGAGGAACGGUAUCCAGAAGCCUCUAAUGUAAUUAAAACGGACUUCUACAUGGACGACGUAUUGACAGGACAUGAUGACCCGGAAAGGUUGAUUCAAACAAAGAACGAGAUGAGCACGAUUCUGAAGAGUGCAGGUUUUGAGCUACAUAAAUGGAAAGCUAACGAUCCUUCAAUAGUACCUGACGAUGGGAGCACUUCAAUAGUGAAAAUUCUGGGAAUGCUUUGGGAUACAAGAGCUGAUAUGUUUGGAUUUCGAGCAGACAUAAAUAUGAGCGCAAGAACCACAAAACGAAACGUAUUGUCAGAGGUGCAAAAAAUUUUCGAUCCUCUAGGGAUUCUAAGUCCGAUCGUUCUUCAUGGCAAAUUAACAAUGCAAGACAUUUGGUCGGUAAAGCUAGAAUGGGAUCAAGAACUUCCAGAACAAAUUAAGAAUCAAUGGAAAUGGUUCUGUAAGCAGGUGGAAGAAAUUAACAGAAUCUCUAUUCCUAGAUACGUACACAGCAAAGGUUGCUUAGUAGAACUUCACGGAUUCGCAGACGCAGCCAAACGUGCUUAUGGUGCGGUUAUUUACGUAAGAACGGCCAAUGAAGAAGGUAUCAAUGUCAGGCUGUUGUGCUCAAAAUCCCGAAUCGCACCAAGCAGUAAAAAGACGAACACAGAAGAUACAACCAUCCCAUGGAGCUACGAGCGGCAACUUUGCUGGUAG